AUGGGUAAAAAAAAGAAUACCUCUUCUUCGGUAGAGGAAAAAACAGACCUUUCAGCAAUACAAAAUAUAUCUCAAGAUACAAUAUCUUCAACGCUUCGCGAACGUUUUCAAAGAGACAACAUUUAUACUCGCAUAAACCAUUCCGCACUCAUAGCAAUAAAUCCAUACAAAACCCUUCACAUCUUCAGUGAUUCAACUGUUCAAGAAUAUGUUGCAGACUACAAAGACACUUCAGGUCAAAGAGCUACUUUACCUCCUCAUUCCUUUCAACUUGCUUCACAGGCUUAUUUACAUAUGAGACGUACUGGACAAGAUCAGUCCAUCAUCUUAAGUGGAGAAUCAGGUAGUGGAAAAUCAGAAACUCGAAAACUUUUGGUUAAACAAUUAAUUGCUUUAAGUUCACAUAACAAGAGCAACAAAAAAGAAUCUAGAGUUCAAACUCAAAUCCCAUUUUCAGAAAUUAUUUUAGAAUCUUUUGGUAAUGCAAAAACAAUAUCUAAUAAUAAUGCUUCCCGCUUCGGUAAAUAUACCGAACUUCAAUUUAAUGAACGUGGUAGAUUAAUUGGAGCUAAGACGCUUGAUUAUCUUUUGGAAAAAAGUCGUCUUGUUAAAGUUCCCCCAAAUGAACGAAAUUUUCAUAUAUUUUAUUAUUUGAUCGCUGGAACUUCACAAGAAGAGAGAACGCAUCUUCAUCUUACUGACGCUACACAAUAUCGUUAUCUUAAUAUUCCUAAAGGAACUAGAGCCAAUUUAGAUGAUACAAACAAUUUUAAUGAAUUGAAACAAGCUUUAAAGUCUUUAGGAUUUCAUAAGAAACAUGUUGCACAAAUGUUUCAACUUUUAGCUGCCAUUUUACAUUUGGGUAAUAUACAGUUCACUCAAGAUCCUAAUAAUAAUAAACAAAGGGAAGCAGCUUUAAUAAAAAAUCAAGAAGUUUUAGAUUUAGUUGCGGACUUUUUAGGAGUGGAUCCUAAAGCUCUUGAGAAUGUACUUACAUAUAAAACCAAAUUAAUUAAAAAAGAAAUGUGUACAAUAUUCUUGGACGCGGAUUCUGCUUCGGUUCAACGUGAUGAUUUGGCAAAAGCACUCUAUUCUUUAUUAUUUAGUUGGAUUGUAGAAUAUAUUAACACAAAACUUUGUAACGAGGAUUUUGCCAGUUUCGUUGGUCUUCUUGAUCUUACUGGAUUUCAAAAUUUAACAUCAAAUUCACUUGAUCAAUUUUGUGUAAAUUUUGCAAAUGAAAAGAUUCACAAUUUUAUUUUAAAACAUAUUUUCGAUUCACGUCAAGAAGAGUAUACAAGUGAAGGAAUUAACGUUCCUGAUAUAGCUUAUUUUGAUAAUUCAGCAUGUCUUCAAAUGAUUUCUCAUCCAUCAUCAGGAUUAAUCGCAAUUAUGAAUGAUCAAGCCAACAAAUCUUCUCGUAAAACUGAUCAUACCAUGUUAGAUGCUUUCAAUAAGAAAUAUUCAGAACAUAGUUCUUUUACACCUACUGGUAAAAGUUUGAAUGCUCUUCCUACUUUUGGUAUUCAACAUUACGCUGGACAAGUUACUUACGACGUCACAGGAUUUCUUGAGAAGAAUACUGAUACUCUUAGUGCUGAUUUUGUUUCUCUAUUCCGUGGUGCUGAAGAAUCAUAUAAUAGUUUUAUUGUUGGUUUGUUCACUGAUAAGGCUGUUGCUACAGAAUCUCAUCCUCGAAAUGAUAAUACUAUUGUUGCAGCUCAACAAUCUGUCAAACCUAUGCGUGCUCCAUCAAUGCGCCGUAAAAAGGGUCAAGAAACUAAGGGACAAGAAACUCCUGAAAUCUCUUCAAAACCUAAAGUUUCUUGUGUUGCAACUCAAAUUUCAUCAGCUUUAGAUGAACUUUGUGAUACACUUGAAGAGACUACUCCUUGGUAUGUUUUUUGUAUACGUCCAAAUGACACACAGCUCCCUAACCAAUUUGAUCCAAAAGUUGUACAAUCUCAAGUAAAAUCAUUUGGAUUAACGGAAAUUGCAAAGAAAUUACAGUUUGAUUAUACUAUCUCUUUUACACAUGAAGAAUUUUUAGAGAGAUAUGAACCUAUUUUGGAUUCAAUGGGACUUGAUCAAUCAAGGGAUCCUAAAGCUAAAUGUGAAGCUUCUUGUACUAUUUUUGGUUGGUCAAUUUCUGAUAUGGCUGUUGGUCAAAAUAAGACAUAUUUAAGUGAAACUGCAUGGCGAAACUUGGAAGAUAAUCUUCGUAAUAUAGAUAAUGAAGAAAAACGUAAAAAGAAAGAUAAAAAAGCAGUUACAAGUACAGCAGAUGUAUCAUCUCAACAGUCUUACCCUUCAAAUAAAGAAUUAGAUGUUCCUCGCCCUCUUUAUUCAAGAGGAUUUGAUCAAAGAUCUUUUGUUUCUGGUGAUGAUAAUCGCUCAAACUUUUCUGAUGAUGAAUACUAUCAAGAUGAAGCACUUAGUCAAUACGAUGAUAAUGUAUCUUCCUAUGGUUCAGAUGUAUACGCGCCUUCACAUAAUAUGUUCAAAGAAAUGGAAGCAAAGAAAAUGUUAAAUGAAGAAGACAACGCAUUGGAAGAAGCUGAAGAACCUCGCAAAACUACAGCUGCUCGUAAGAAGUGGGUAUUUCUUACUUGGUUCCUUACGUGGUGGGUUCCCCCUUGCUUCUUACGUUGGUGUGGUGGUAUGAAAAGAAAAGACAUUCAAAUGGCAUGGCGUGAAAAAGUUGCACUUUGCAUAGUUAUUUCUCUUAUUUCUGCUUUUGUCAUAUUUAUUCUCGCUGGAUUGGGUAGAAUUAUUUGUCCAAAAGUUUUUAUUUUCACGGCAGAAGAAUUAUCAACACAUAAUGUUAAAGACAAUCCUGAUAGUACUUAUGUAGCAAUUCGUGGAGAAGUUUUUAUUUUGAGUACAUUUGCCCCUCGUCAUUACCCACCUAAUUUAGUAUCUACAGAUUCAAUUUUGUCAUAUGGCGGUUCUGAUGCAUCUAGUUUGUUUCCGGUUCAAGUUAGUGCUCUUUGCAACGGAAUUGAUGGAAAUGUAGAUCCUUCUGUAACAUUCGAUUUCACUGGCAAUGCUACUCAGGAUGAAAAUGCUAAAUAUCACGAUUUCCGUUAUUCUACCAAUGAUUAUCGUCCAGACUGGUAUUUUACAGAAAUUUUAAAGAAAAUGAGAUCAAUUUAUCUUGUAGGUCAAAUGGCAAUACCACCACAUAUAGUCAAAGAAAUGGCAAUUAGAGAUCAAGACAAAAGGCAAAUUGCUAUCAUCAAUGAUAAUAUUUAUGAUAUAACACCUUAUGUAACUGGUGGUCGUCGAGCUAUAGAUCAAAAUGGUCAAAAUGUGCCAGGUGUUAAUGUAGAUUUUUUGCUUCCUGAUAUUGUUGGCCUUUUCACAAAUUUUAAUGGACUUGAUAUAUCAAAAAGCUUUAAUAGUUUAAAAAUUGAUCCUGAUACUAGAAAACGUCAAGAAGUUUGCUUGAAAAACUUAUUUUAUGUUGGGAAAGUAGAUCAUCGUAACUCACCACAAUGCUUAUUUGCAAAUUAUAUUUUACUCGUAUUUUCAGGUAUAUUGGUUGCUGUUAUUGCCUUCAAAUUUUUGGCAGCUCUCCAAUUAGGCGCAAAACGAGAACCGGAAGAACAUGAUAAAUUUGUUAUAUGUCAAGUUCCCUGUUAUACUGAAGGUGAUGAAUCUAUGCGUAAAACUUUAGAUUCUUUGGCCAUAUUAAGAUAUGACGAUAAACGCAAACUUUUAUUUAUUGUUUGUGAUGGUAUGAUUGUCGGUAGCGGUAAUGAUAGACCAACACCUCGUAUUGUAUUAGAUAUUUUGGGAGUUGAUCCAAAUUUAGAUCCUGAACCUCUUAGUUUUCUAUCUCUUGGUGAAGGUUUAAAACAACAUAAUAUGGGCAAAGUAUAUUCUGGAUUAUAUGAAUGUAAUGGACAUGUUGUUCCCUAUUUAGUAGUAGUCAAAGUUGGUAAACCAAGCGAAAGAUCUCGACCUGGUAAUCGUGGUAAACGUGAUUCUCAGAUGGUUCUGAUGAGAUUUUUAAACAAGGUCCACUUCAAUUGUGAAAUGACUCCAUUAGAAUUAGAAAUGUAUCAUCAAAUCAAGAAUGUUAUCGGGGUUAAUCCAAGUUUUUACGAAUAUAUUCUUAUGGUUGACGCUGACACAGAAGUAAUGCCAGACUCAUUGAAUCGCCUCGUUUCCGCUUUUAUGCAUGAUACUAAAGUAAUGGGUCUUUGUGGUGAAACAACUCUCGCUAAUGAAAAAGAUUCUUGGGUUACUAUGAUUCAAGUAUAUGAAUAUUACAUAUCUCAUCAUCUUGCAAAAGCUUUUGAAUCACUCUUCGGAAGUGUUACUUGUUUGCCUGGUUGUUUCUGUAUGUAUAGAGUCCGUACACCCGAUUCUCAUAAGCCUUUAUUGAUUGCCAACCAAGUUAUUGAAGAUUACUCCGAAAAUAUUGUUGACACUCUUCAUAAAAAGAAUUUACUCCAUCUUGGUGAAGAUCGUUAUUUAACAACUCUUAUGAUGAAACACUUUCCAAAUUAUAAAAUGUCAUUUGUUCCCGACGCGCAAUGUAAAACUUAUGCUCCUGACCAAUGGGCUGUACUUCUCUCACAACGUCGUCGAUGGAUUAACUCUACCGUGCACAAUCUUAUGGAAUUGGUCUUUUUGCCUCAACUUUGUGGUUUCUGUUGUUUCUCUAUGCGUUUUGUGGUCAUGAUUGAUUUGUUUGCCACUCUUAUUAUGCCUGCGACUGUUGCAUAUCUUGGAUUUUUAAUAUACACAAUUGUUAAAGAUCCAACGACAAUUCCAAUUACAUCUCUAAUGUUGUUAGCUGCCGUAUAUGGUCUUCAAGCUAUUAUAUUUAUUCUCCGCCGGAAGUGGGAACAUGUUGGUUGGAUGAUUGUUUAUAUACUUGCCAUGCCUGUUUUCUCGUUCUACUUACCUCUUUAUGCAUUUUGGCAUUUUGAUGACUUUUCAUGGGGUAAUACACGCUUGGUUGUAGGUGAGAAGGGCAAAAAAUUUGUAGUGGCGGAUGAAGGAAAAUUUGAUCCAAAAAGCAUACCUAAAAAGAAAUGGUCAGAUUAUGAACAAGAACUUUGGGAAGUCGGUACACAAGGAUCACAAGAAUCGGCCCAUUCAAGAGCUUCAGAUCGUUCAUACCGAAGUGGUCGAUCCGCUAAAAAAGCUGGUUCUGCCGCUGGAUCUGUUGCUGGCGAUUAUUAUGAAGAGCGUAGUAAGAGAAGUCGUUCUCGGUCACCCGCACCUCCAUAUGAUGAUCCAAACAGACCUUAUGCUCGCUCUAACUUUGGUGGUGCUGAGAUGAGCCAAAGAGGAUCAGUGUAUGGUAUUGGACGUGGCGAAUAUGAUGUUUAUGGUGCUGGAUCAAGACCCGUUAGUUUAAUAGAAGGUGGACAUGCAGACAGUGACUUCCCCUCAGAUGAAGAGAUUCUUCAAGGAAUUCGAAAUAUAUUAUCAACAGCUAAUUUAAUGUCAAUUACAAAGAAGCAAGUUCGCGAUGAUUUAUCUCAAUCCUUUGGCAUGGACAUGAGUGCAAAGAAAGAAUAUAUUAACAAUUGUAUAGAAUUGAUCCUCCAAGGAAAACUUUAA